CAAGAACAAUUUUCAGAAAUGUUUUUUCAAGACAGUAUGAUGAUUUAAUAAUGUUUCUAUGUUUAUAUAAUAUGUUUUAUUUAUUUUGAUUGUCUACCUUGUCUCUUUUUUUCAGAAAUUGACAAGGGCGGGUGUGGUGACCCAGGAAUUUCAGUAUAUGGGAAAAGAAAUGGCAGCAGUUUCCUCCAUGGAGAUAUACUAACAUUUGAAUGUCAAGCAGCUUUUGAACUUGUUGGAGAAAAAACAAUCACAUGUCAACAAAAUAAUCAAUGGUCUGGAAAUAAGCCAAGUUGUGUCUUUUCAUGCUUCUUUAAUUUUACCACACCUUCUGGAAUAAUUCUUUCACCAAACUAUCCUGAAGAAUAUGGAAACAAUAUGAACUGUGUUUGGCUAAUAAUAUCAGAACCGGGAAGUAGGAUUCACCUGAUCUUUAAUGACUUUGAUGUGGAGCCCCAGUUUGAUUAUGUUGCCGUAAAAGAUGAAGGAAUUGCAGAAUUACCUGCACUUGGUACAUUUUCAGGAAAUGAAGUGCCCUCUCAGAUUGCAAGUAAUAGUCACAUAGUGCGUCUAGAAUUUCAGUCUGAUCAUUCAACCACGGGUAGAGGCUUUAAUAUUACUUAUACAACAUUUGGCCAAAAUGAAUGUCAUGAUCCUGGAAUCCCAAUAAAUGGAAGGAGGUUUGGAGACAGGUUUCUCCUUGGGAGCUCAGUAUCUUUCCAUUGCGACGAAGGUUUUAUCAAAACCCAAGGAUCUGAGUCUAUCACUUGUAUUAUACAAGAUGGAAAUGUAGUUUGGAGUUCCACUGUUCCAAGAUGUGAAGCACCAUGUGGAGGACACUUAACAGCUUCAAGUGGGUUAAUAUUGCCUCCAGGCUGGCCUGGCUAUUACAAGGAUUCAUUAAACUGUGAAUGGGUGAUUGAAGCAAGAACUGGACAUUCAGUUAAAAUCUCUUUCGAAAGAUUUCAGACUGAAGUUAAUUAUGAUAUUCUGGAAGUACGGGAUGGGCCAGCCAAUUCAUCACCAUUGAUUGGCGAGUACCAUGGAACACAAGCACCACAAUUCCUUAUUAGUACAGGGAAUUACCUGUAUCUUUUAUUCACAACAGAUAACAGUCGUUCCAAUGUUGGCUUUCUAAUCCGAUAUGAAAGUGUUACUCUAGAAUUAGAUUCAUGCCUUGAUCCAGGCAUUCCAGUAAAUGGUCACCGGCAUGGAAAAAACUUUGGCAUUGGCUUUUCUGUGACUUUCACUUGUGAUGCUGGGUACAUUUUAAGUGAUGAUGAACCACUGGUUGUGAGGAAAACCAUCAGUGGAACCAUGCCUUGCCUAGUUGUGAUGCUUUAUGUGGAGGAUAUAUUCAUGGUAAGAGUGGAACAAUACUUUCUCCAGGUUUUCCUGAUUUUUACCCCAACUCUUUAAAUUGUACGUGGACAAUAGAAGUAUCUCAUGGAAAAGGUGUACAGCUGGUAUUUCACACCUUUCACCUUGAAAGCUCCCAUGACUAUCUGUUAAUAACAGAAGAUGGCAGUUUUACUCAUCCCGUUGCCAGACUGACAGGUUCAGUUCUACCACCCACUAUAAAAGCUGGACUUUUUGGGAAUUUUACAGCUCAACUUAGAUUUAUAUCAGAUUUUUCAAUCUCGUAUGAAGGAUUUAACAUCACUUUUUCAGAAUAUGAUCUGGAACCUUGUGAUGAUCCAGGAGUUCCUGCUUUCAGUAGAAGAAUUGGAUUUCAUUUUGGUGUUGGAGACUCUCUUACAUUUUCUUGUUUUCCUGGAUAUCGUUUGGAGGGCUCUAAUAAGCUCACGUGUUUGGGAGGUGGCAGAAAAGUGUGGAGUACACCUCUUCCAAGGUGUGUGGCUGAAUGUGGAGCAACAAUCACCGGAAAUGAAGGAACACUGCUGUCUCCAAAUUUCCCUGCAAACUAUGACAACAAUCAUGAAUGUAUUUACAGAAUAGAGACUCAACCAGGAAAAGGAAUCCAUUUAAGAGCUAGAACAUUUCAACUGCAUGAUGGUGAUAUACUAAAGGUUUAUGAUGGAAAACAGAGUUCUUCCCGGCUUCUAGGUGCCUUUACAAAAAAUGAGCUAUUAAAGCUAAUACUCAACAGUACAUCAAAUCAUUUGUGGAUAGAAUUUAAUACAAAUGGAUCGGACACUGACAUUGGAUUUCACCUAACUUACAGCAGU